GAAAUACUUGCUUAAAUAUUAAUUCGCUUCCACAAAAAGACAUGGCUACAGAAUCAGAUUCGAAGCGAAAGCCGGAGAUGCAAAACAAGGCUAUUGUUGAGACACUGUACAAGGCAUUGUCAAAUGUUGACAAACAAACUGUGACAAAAUUGGUGGCAAGUGACCUGGACUAUUGGUUCCAUGGACCUCCAAUGUGCCAACACAUGAUGCGAGUGCUCACAGGGGACCCGAGCCGGACCAAUUUCAGGUUCGAGCCCAGAAGCAUUGAAGUUGUUGGCGAGUAUGUGAUUGUGGAGGGAUGGGAAGGGAAAAAUGUGUAUUGGGUGCAUGUUUGGACCAUCAAAGAUGGUCUGAUUACACAGUUUAGGGAGUAUUUCAAUACAUGGUUGACGGUGACUUGUGUAAACCCACGUAGUUGGGAUACUGGGAACCAAAGCCACAACUUUUGGCAGAGCCAACCCAGAGACCUUGCGCGCCGGUCCUAUCCUGGGCUUUUGCUGGCUAUCUAGAUGGACUGCCAGGCCCAACACCAACUCUCUUUGCGUAGUUUACUAGAUUGGGCCAGUUGGCCCAUUUCUUGUUACCUUUUUAGACGUUUGUAUGGGCUUUGAUAUUUGGCUUUAAGCUGGCCGGGUUGGUGACUCACAUGAAGCAAAACAGGUAAAAGUGCUGCUUCUUGUUUUAUCUAAGAAAGUUAAAUCAAUUAAGAAUUAAUUAAUGGGUUGAGUUCAAAUAGUCAUAGAGACGUUUGCAAUUAGGUCAUCGUAAGAAAAACGUUUCAAAAUGAACCGUUGCGGUCA